GGAAAUGCAUCUUGACAUAACGGCUGUCCACGGAGUGCCGUCUUCCCGGAAGGAAACUGACAGAGGGAAAUAAACUGGAGAUGAUGGAGAUAUGAGACAAAGGGCAGUGGCGGUUUGGAGGAGAGGAGAAGCAGGGCAUUGUGGGUUUUUGGGACCGUCAUGGAGGAGAUGGAGGAGGAUGCGAAGCAUAAGAAACUGUUUGAGGAUGCUGACUUUCCACCGCGGGACUGCUCCUUGUUCUCCGACUACACCUCCCCCAUCUCGAAGUUCCAAGGGGAUAUCACCUGGAUGCGGCCGCAGGAAAUCUGCCAAUCACCUAAGAUGUUCCCAGAGAAUCCCAUGGAGGGCUAUGCAAAACAAGGGCUGCUGGGAGACUGCUGGUUUCUGUGUGCAUGUACCAUGCUGCUGAAGAACAACCACUUGAUGAAUAAGGUCCUGCCCGCGGGACAGCCGCAGUGGAGCGAACCCGGGUAUGAGGGCCGCUUCGCCUUCCGCUUCUGGCAGCUGGGGUGCUGGGUGGACGUGGAGGUGGAUGACCAGCUGCCCUGCAUCGGCUCCAAGCUCUGCUUCUCCCACUGCCAGUCCCCGAGUGCCUUCUGGGUGCCGCUCCUCGAGAAGGCGUACGCCAAGCUUCAUGGCUCCUACGAGCACCUGUGGGCAGGGCAGGUGUCAGAAGCCUUGGUCGAUCUCACUGGUGGCCUAGCUGAACGUUGGAGCUUGAAGGAUUCUGGGAAGGAGGAGGACCAGUAUGGAGAGAAUGGCAAGCCCAAGAGAAAGCUUGACCUGAGCAGCCUACAGGAAGUGAGAGACAGGGGUACAGUGAGCUGCUCCAUGCACAGCUCCUCCGGAGGUGCCCAGGAGUUGGGGCAGUACCACGCCCUGAGCGUGAUGGAGUGGACGGACGUGAGGAGGGAGAGAGGCGGGAACGUGCGUCUGCUGAGGAUACGGAACCCCUGGGGGCGGCGCUGCUGGGAGGGGGACUGGAGAGAAAGUGGAGAUGGCUGGAGUCAGCUGGAGUCUGGCUGCUCUCAGAACCUGCUAGGCCGUACCCAGGAAGGGGAGUUCUGGGUGGAGGAGGCGGAACUCCUGAAGGAGUUUGACGAGGUCACUGUGGGAUAUCCAGUCAGCGAUCAGGGAUUUCUUAAAAGCAUUUAUACAGGCAAAGAGUUACCUCACAGCCAGCAGAUACGUGGGUGUUGGGUCAGAAGUCAUUCUGCUGGUGGUUGUCGUAACAACAGUAGUUUUGGUAGCAACCCCAAGUUUUGGCUGCGAAUGUUUGAGCCGGGGGAGGUUCUGGUGUCCCUGCUUCAGCACAGAGGAUGGAGACAGACCGCCAGCUCCCAACGAUGCGGAGGCACGGAGAAUCCCCUAGAGGGCAGCUCUGAGCCACACCUUCGCUACCAAGCCAUUGGACUCCACAUGUGGAAGGUGGAGAAGAAGCACUUUAACCUGGCACAGACGCUGAACAGAUCACCCUGUGCCUCCACCCACUGCCACGCCUACGAGCGAGAGGUCACGCUGCACACUCACCUCAGCGAGGGCUACCACCUGCUCAUCCCCAACACCUUCCUCCAGGGGGCGGAAGCGAGCUUCCUGCUGCGGGUCUUCUCCUCAGCACCAGUGUCUCUCAGUGCCCUGAAGGCCCCUGUGCCCCCAGAGAUGGCAAUCCCAGGGGGCGAAUGGGAGACCAGCCACUCCCAGGGGAAGUGGAUACCCGGGAGAUCGGCGGGGGGCAGCAGGAACUUCCCAUCCCACCCUACGAACCCGCACAUCCCUCUCACUGUAAGCUACGAGUCUGGCGAGCCCAACGUGAGGAUCGCCCUGCGCCAGCACUGCCCCGCCAAAGCCCUCCAGCCAAUCGGCUUCCACGUCUACCAGGUCCCUAAGGGGCUGGCACAUCCCCAGAUCACCCAGGAUCAGGAGCCUCGGGUGAGCUGCGUGCCACACUGCUAUGCCCCGGAGGUCACCCUGCACUGCAGCCUGCCGCCAGGGGCCUACGUCAUCGUCCCCUCCACCUACCAGCCCGACUGCAAGGGCCACUUCUCCCUCACGGUGGCUCGGAAGAUCCACAGGAAAGUCAUGAAGAGCCAGGAAGCCUUAGGAACGGUCAUUCAGGAGGUUUCAAACAUCUCUGUGAUGCAGAGAUAGCCCUGGGACACCCCCCUCCCCUUCUCCCCUCCUGGAUGCUGACGUGGGUUCGGGCCCUGGCCCGAGAUGAAAGUGACCCCCCCUCCAAUUCCCCAGGGGCAGAGGAGGCCGGGGAGCCUUUAUUGGCCCGCAGAGGGCAGGCUGUAGCGAUUAGGACAUCACAGCGCGUCCGCCGCAUCAGUGCUAAUGAGAGGCGACGCGGCUCAGCGGUGUAAACAAACAGGCCCGAUUGAAGGGGCCCACUCCCUGCCCGCCCGUCCGCCGCCCAAACAAAGACGCCACUCAUGGACCCCUCUGGGGGGGGGGCGGGGGCUGGAAAUGGGAGCGAGAAGCGCCGCGCACGGGGCUCCCUCGCCCGA